AUGUCCUUAUCGUUCGAAAGAGAUUGUGUUUCUGAAGUUGUAGAUGUGCUUAGGAAGAUCGAAGUCUACGUUCGAUCUGCAAAUGAACAAUUGGAACAGCCAAGCUCUAACAGCAUUGUAAAUCUUUUGAAAACAUCCAAGUUAGUACAGGGACCGCCUUUACGCUCCCAUCAAUUAGAAGGCAUACAGUGGAUACUCGAUCUCUACAAAAAUGGCCUAAAUGGAAUUCUUGCAGAUGAAAUGGGUCUAGGCAAAACCGCUCAGGUUAUUGCUUCAAUAGCUCUAAUGGCUGAAAAUGGUUCUCCUGGACCGUUUCUUGUUGUUGUUCCGCUCUCAUUGCUCCACAGUUGGUCCGAACAAUUCAAUACCUUUGCACCGGAUAUUCCCCAUAUUUUAUAUUAUGGGAGUGCGAGUGAAAGGGCAGGAAGUCCUAUUCUGAAUAGCCUUGAUGAAACUUUGGAUGAAGUAAUUUCAAAAAAGCAUUUUUGCCCAUCAAAGGAACUAUCUCGUAUUCGGAAAAAUUUAGACAAUUCUUCCCUCGAAUAUCGACAAGAAAUCCAGUCUCUUCCGGCACCAGAAAGUCCAAAUGAUAUUAAGAAGAAAUUUGCUAAACCCAAAAAAUUGAAAAUUCCUUCCACUUUAUAUGGUUACGAGAGUAAUCCUGAGUAUUUGGCAAAUUUAGACAAAGUAAUUGACGCUGUUCUGUCAGGCACUGAUGAAUUUAGUAAUCCGAUUAGGUUUGAUUCUCUGUUCAGCUCCAAAUUAGGUGAAAACGGGGCUAGCUCCUCUUCUACUUCGGACCUCAAUGAUGAUAGCUCUAUUUCAAUAUUGCAUCAAGAGAGCACACUGUCAAUGCCGGUUACUUUUGAUCAAAAUAAAAGCAAUAUUCAAUGUCGGGAUUGUGGUAAGGUUCCUUGUAAGUUGGAUUAUAGCAGCCAAAUUAAUGAGGAAUCUAAAUUUUAUCCUGAAGAUUCGACAAGAAAUUUGUACAAUUAUUCUGGAGAUUCGAGUUUUACCAUUAAUGAUGUUUUAAAUGCCGAAAAUAAUAUGAAAACGAAAUGCUCAGCAUGUCUAAUGCAACCACUACAUUCUGAAAUUCAACCUGGAAUUGAAAGUGAUUCGAUGGAACAAGUUAGCAUGCUUCCUAUUCAAGCUUCUCAAAAUUUUGACGAUCAGUUUUAUUCACUUCCAUCUUCAUCCAUAGAAAGUUUUCACGAUUUUGAAAAAGGUGGUGAUAAAGAUUUCCGCACAAGGGAGUCCAUAGAUAACUUUACGGUUAUCGCUGAGGGUAUACCUGAGAGCUUUUCCAAAAAUCGAAUGGAUCUUUCUGAUUUGUCAAUGGAAAUGGAUCGGAGUUAUGCUAAAGAAAGAGAUGUUUUUAGCGACAAAUAUCCAGAUGUGUCUCGUUUCAUUUCACAAGCAAGCACGUCUAUCGACCAAGCACAUCAAGAUCAUGAAACUGGAGUUGAUAGAGGUCAAAAUAAAGUUUUGAUUACUCCUAAAACUGAAGAUUUAAGCGAACUGAAAGAAACGCGAAUCAAAUUAUUUGAAAAUGAAAACGUUCCAUUUGGACCUCUACUGAGCUCAGAUGUCUUGCCAUCCUUCAAAAACGGUUACAACUCUGAAGUAAAUGUGCAAGAGAAUAUCGUUAACAACUUGAUUGAUACCAAUACUGAUAUACCUAAAGGAAUUUCUAUAGGCUCUCUAAACCCAAUUGUUUCUCUUGAUUCAAAUAAGUCACCCUCAGAAAUAGAUCAAAAUGGAGAAACCUAUAAAUUAUUUUCUCAAGGCGUUUUUACAGAAGGCACAUCUCAAGAUCAAUGUCAAAGUUCGAGGGAAGAUAUGGAUUAUGGUCCAGAGAUUUCAACCAAUCUAAAAAAUGAAGAAAUUGGCCCCUCCGAAUUUCAUUCUGGUUCAGAGGACAUUUCAACACUGCCAAAUAACUUUUCCUUAGUGAAUUCAAACGAAUCAUUUGAUCAAAAGGAUGAAGAAAAGUCUACUCAUGUGCAUAACCUGUCUAACAAUAGGCAAGACAUUCGAGCAAAAACAAAAGAAAACAAAAUGAACUCAUCAAAUGAAACGUCAAAGAUUGAUGAAGAUCAAAUAGGUUCUUCUUUAACAAAUUCUCUUCCUAAGUGUAUUCUUCCUGUUGUAAUAACAACCUAUGAAGUUGCCAUUAGAGAUUGUUCCUUCCUCAACCGUAUAAAUUUCAAGGCAAUGGUAGUUGAUGAAGCCCAAAGAAUCAAAGGAGCAGCGUCGAAACUUUAUCAGUGUUUGCAGACCUACGAUGCCGAAGUGAGAUUAGUUGUCACUGGUACUCCUCUGCAGAAUAGUAUUUCGGAACUUUGGAGGCUUCUGCACUUUCUCUUGCCUGAGAUAUUUCCAAUUGUGGCUGAUUUUGCCAGAUGGUUUGACCCAGCCUCCCUCAUGGAUCAAAUGGGACGUGAUCGAUUAGCUGUUCAGGAGGCUGAAAAUGCGCUAGUUACAAAUCUUCGCAACAUUAUUCAUCCCUUCAUGCUUCGUCGAACCAAGGCGCAGGUGGACUUUAAACUACCUCCCAAGAAGGAAAUAAUUCUGCGGGUUCUUAUGACACCUGAUCAACAGAAGCUUCACGACUUCGUGGUGCAAACACUAUUGGAAAAGGGCUCAAUAGCGUCACCGGCUAAACACUCCAUAGGAAGUAUCACUUCUAUUGAUAGGAAUAAUAUUUUGAAAGAAGGGUGCAAAAGACGUGUGGGCUCCAAUCGUUGUCAUUUCGAUGAACGGGGAUUUUCUUCAAGCAUAAACGAAAAGCUUCUGCUACCUAAAAAACGAGGAAGACCACCUAAGGUAAAGCCAAAUUCUAUACCAGUCGAAAAUGACAGUCCAACUCGUCCAACACAACCAUCGGAGCCACCAUACAAGUUUCUCAAAAGCGCUGAGUCCAGCUCAAAACUCAUGCUGCUUCGAAGACUCGCUAACCACUCCUACCUUGUACUCGAACAUCCAGAUUCGCCCAAUUUAUCAAUAGAAUGCAACCAAACGGAAGAAAAGAAGGAGGAUUUCGUGAAUGAACUCCUUCGAAUGGGUGGAAAAUUGGCCCUCCUUGAUAGGCUUCUUAAAAAUCUAAUUGCAGCUAAUCAUAAGACACUCAUAUUUUCUCAGUUUACAAUGGUUCUGGAUGUGAUUGAGGAUCUCUUGAUAGCUCGCGGUUGGAAUUGGGUGCGACUGGAUGGCGCAGUUCGUUUUGAAACGCGACAGGAGGUAAUACGUGAGUUCAAUACGUCCGGAGCAGAACUUCCAAUCUUUUUGUUGUCAACUCGAUCAGGUGGACUGGGGCUCAAUCUCCAAGCCUCUGCUGAUACUGUCAUCAUUCAUGACUCUGAUUGGAACCCCCAGUUAGACCUUCAGGCUAUGGAUCGAAACUUUGAGUCAGAAGUACCCGAAACCAAAAACUCAAAUGAUUGCCAGACUGUCUACGCUGAAUGUAAUGAGAGUGGCAAUUCCGAACAAAUUAAAACUGCUGAUUUGGAUGCUAGCAAAACCAUUGAGGCAGAUAUUUUACCGAAUUCCGAUGAGUCAGAGAGGAGAAGCAAUUGCUAUGUUACCGAUACAAAUAAAAAGUCAAAUUUACACUUAAGAACUGAUUUCCAAGCGUCGGAGGAAUGUGGAAUUUCGACCGAGCGAUUUAUAAAAUCUAGUAUGAAACCCGAUCCCUCUCUCAAAAGAACCGAACAAUCUAACGAGACUGUUCAAUCAAACUUAAAGUUUAUGGACCAACAGUCUGACACCUUAAAGAGGCGAAAAUUAACCCGAUUAGGUCUUGGUCGUUCAUCGGGGACGUUUAAAACGCCUUUCAAGAGACCCUUAAAGGGUGAAGAGUGA